GCCAGUGGCAUCCUGCAUUAUCCGGUGGAUACACAAAGACGUCCCUUGUAGUUCCCCAGGGUCAGCAAGAUGAACCUGCUCUCGGACCCGCGCGGCAUGACAAGUAGUUUAGCAGCUACUUUUGGUGCAGUGUAGUCCUGCAUAGCUAGUUGAAACGCAUGAUGGCGAGUCCAAUUUCUUGUCCUGAUUAGCGCAUGAGCGCUUUGUUGUUGUUCCAAACACGGCUACAAAGUCCCUCUCGUGGAGAGCCGCAUGACACACACUUCGAUGAACACUGCCAGUUUAUUCGCAUGACAACUUCUCUGGGGUGCCGUGGACGUCAAUCUACACAGGUGGAUAUGUGCCGCGUCUACACCAGUGACCAACCUGCUGCAGCACUGCGGAUUCCCCUGCACGAACUCCACGCGAAAUUGUUCUUCGAGUUUCCCUAUGAAUUGCAAAAUUGUCGUACUAGAGCGCGGUAACAAUUAAAUCAACUAACUCGGAUCUCCGAGUUAGUCGCCCGGCCGUCCGGAUCCGGGCGGCCGGACGACUAACUCGGGCCUGUAAGUGCGAAAGUUUUGCGGGCGGCCGAGACUGGUCGCCACGCACGAGCUCCCUAGCCAGGUAAGGGUAACUCGUGGCGACCACUAGCUAGCAGGCAACUCGCGCAGUCGGUGACUGCCGGAAUUCCCUAUGCGGAUUUGUGCUUUUGUGCAUGUUAUUUGUGCUCUUAGGGUUUUUUUUGAAAAUCGGCGGGGCAACGUUUUCGCUUUCUUUGCAACGCAGGCGAUGCCUGUUUUGUCAUGGCGAAAUAUUCCCUGCCGUGAAGCUAACAUUUACGAAGCGCAACAGUUUUACACGCUUUCCGACUGAAGCGCGUUUUUUGAUGAAAGCGCAAAAAUUAUGCACAAAACCGCACGAAUUGCAUAUGUUGCCAGGACGUUUUCAAAGCACGCCUCUGAUCGAAGUCGUCGGCUCCGGCGUCGCUAUAACAAUCGAAAAACUUUCCCACUUACAAUCCCGAGUUAGUCGUCCGGCCGCCCGGAUUCGGACGGCCGGGCCACUAACUCGGAGAUCCGAGUUAGUUGAUUUAAUUGUUACCGCGCUCCUAGUACAACAAGUUGCAUAUACGAAUUAGCUCAGCACUACAAAUCAAUUUGUGAUGCUGUUUUUUUACCUUAGGAGAGAGGUUUGUAGGUACGUAACAGCAAUUACUACGAGUGCGAUAAUUUUGCACUUCAUAUUCUCCACACAAAUACGUUGCCGCUCCGAUUCCUGACGGCAAAGUGGACGCGCGUCCAUAUCCACAGAGCGGACACCCUUAACCAAACCGUAUUGCGAGGAAAAAUCCCCUCUCCCCAUAUCGAAAAGUCAAUGUGGAACUCUAGAUUUGCGCACAGAAAUUAUGAACCUGUGUUGCUAGAAGGCCAAGAGACGCACUUGCAGCUGCGUAUGCAGGCAACUUGUCAUGCUGUUUCCCGCUACUUCCAGUUGCUUCCUGCCAUGCUGAAGGAGAAAGCACUGCAGCCCGCAUCUCUAUCUGUUGCCUUCUAGGGUGACAAACUAAUCUGUGAGCUGCACAAAGCAUGCUAGACAAGAAAUCUCCCUUUGAACAUGGUGACGAGGGGGGGCGUUUCAUUGUAAUAGGCCGAGCGCAAAGCGCGACAACAGCUCGGGCUAACCGUAACCGAUCCAAUUUUGGUGUUGCGGCUUGUCGGCCAAGCC